GUUGAACAAUGCACCGCACCGCGUCGUGGGUCUCUCGGUUUGGCGCAAAUCAGCACGGGAAAACAGUCGUCUAACCAGCAGCGACCAGGCAACACGUUCAGCUCUUGAAGCUCCCGGAAGCCCACUACCAGCACCAGCUCCAGUACACUCUUGCCAUCGGCAGACGCGGUGUGGUUAAUUCUCUUCUAUCAAUUGGCUACUGCAAGCGCAAUCAGCAAAACAUGUCCAAACCGGCGUACAAAAUUGCUGACAUCUCGUUGGCGGAGUUUGGGCGCAAGGAAAUCAUUCUGGCCGAGAACGAGAUGCCCGGUCUAAUGGCUUGCCGGCAAAAGUAUGGACCAGCGAAGAUUCUGAAGGGUGCCCGGAUCGCCGGCUGCCUGCACAUGACCAUCCAGACUGCGGUGCUGAUCGAAACACUCAUCGAGCUCGGCGCAGAGGUACAAUGGAGUAGCUGCAACAUAUUCAGCACGCAGGACCACGCGGCCGCCGCAAUGGCGAAGGCCGGUGUGCCUGUAUACGCGUGGAAGGGUGAAACGGACGAAGAGUACCUGUGGUGCAUCCGCCAGACGCUCAUCUUCCCCGACGGCAAGCCGCUCAACAUGAUCCUGGACGAUGGUGGCGAUCUGACGAACCUGGUGCACGCCGAGCACCCGGACCUUCUGAAGGAAAUCCGGGGCGUCAGCGAAGAAACAACGACCGGCGUGCACAAUCUCUACAAGAUGUUCCGCGACGGGCGCCUCGGUAUGCCGGCCAUCAACGUGAAUGACUCGGUGACGAAGAGCAAGUUUGACAACCUGUACGGUUGCCGCGAGUCGCUGCUGGAUGGUAUCAAGCGUGCUACCGAUGUCAUGAUCGCCGGCAAGGUGUGCGUGGUAGCGGGGUACGGCGAUGUAGGAAAGGGGUGCGCCCAGGCCCUCCGCGGUUCCGGUGGUCGUGUUCUCGUCACCGAGAUCGACCCGAUCAACGCGCUGCAGGCGGCAAUGGAAGGCUUCCAGGUGACCACGAUGGAGGAGGCGAGCAAGGAGGCACAGAUCUACGUCACCACUACCGGCUGCACCGACAUCAUUAUGGGCGAGCACUUCCUCAACAUGCCGGACGACUCGAUCGUGUGCAACAUCGGUCACUUCGACUGCGAGGUGAACGUGGCGUUCCUCGAGAAAACGGCCAAGGAAAAGGUGAACAUCAAGCCGCAGGUCGACCGUUACCUGCUGCCGAACGGCCGGCACAUCAUCCUGCUGGCGGAGGGCCGCCUGGUGAACCUGGGCUGCGCGAUGGGUCACUCCAGCUUCGUCAUGUCCAACUCGUUCACCAACCAGGUGCUGGCGCAGAUUGAACUGUGGACCAACCCAGACAAGUACCCGAUCGGGGUGCACGUGCUGCCGAAGAAGCUGGACGAGGAGGUGGCUGCGCUGCACCUGGACAAGCUCGGUGUCAAACUUACCAAGCUCAGCCCGAAGCAAGCCGAAUACCUGAACCUGCCGGUCGACGGCCCGUACAAACCGGACCACUACCGCUACUAGUGUACGCCGCACGGUGCAGAGCGAGCGGGCUCCCUCACUGCAAGCGUAAUCGCAUCAAUAUCUUCUUUUACAAUAAACCAAUGUCUCUCGAGGAAGGUA